UGUCGGCGUAAAAAAUAUCGAUUCAUCGAUAGCCAAUGGUGGCGAGUGUGCACUGUUGCCACACAUAUGUGACAUAGUGAUGCCACAUGAGUGCAGCCGACUUGGUUUACGCGCCGAAAGUAAACAACAAAUAUGUAUUGCUGGCGAAAUUGUGUUGAUUCGUUAAUUUGUGCGUUCUAGUUAUGUAUGUGGUUGAGUUAGGCAGUCGGCAAAAAUGGAUGAGAAGCGCUACAUCAAACGCAAAGAGAAGGCGCGCAUUGAUGGAAACCGUGAGCAACUAGCGAUCUCUUGUAACCAACUAGGGGAUCACUUUAAUCAGCAGGGUAAAUAUAAUGAAGCGGUCAAGGAAUACAAGGAAGAGGCGUCAAUAUACGCGAGCAUGGGCAAGGAACUGGAAACGGCUAAGGCCAAGCGCAUGGUGGGUGAAAUGUUUAUGCUGUUGUGUGAAUAUGAUGCGGCUAAGGAUCACAUCAACGACUAUCUAAAGAUAUCAAAAAGCCUGGAAAACAAAGUGGAACAGCAACGCGCAUAUGCGACUUUGGGUCGUGUGCACCUGCUGCAUGGACAGAGCUUGACGGAGACUACUGCCUCAGGGGCCAUGGAACAGCUAAGGAUGGCGGAAAAGAGUUUUUUACGCAGUCUGCUGUUGAUCAAAGAGCUGACUGGGCAAAUUUCGAAAGUGGAGCAGUUUGACAUGCAAGCGCGCUGCUAUCUUAAUAUUGGUGUGGUGAAAGAGCAUAUGGAGGCAUUCGAGUCGUCUAUUGAGUACAUAGAGAAAGCGAUCAAAAUAAGCAAAACCAAUGACCUAUUCGAGCUAAGCUAUUUGUGUUACAUUUCGAUGAGUCUGCUUUAUCAUUACAAAAAGAACGAUGCAGUGUCAGCUCUGCGCUAUUGUAACUUGGCACUGGAAGUUGCGAAGCGCUUGCCAAACAAGGUGAAGAAAAUAUGCGAAGCUUUGAUCACCAAAUCGGAGAUUUUAAUAAAGGUGGGCGAUUUUGCCAGUGUUAAGCAGAUCCUUACUAAAGCCUACAAGAAACACACACCCGAUGAGAACGAUCGCGCCACAAUUGAGCGUAUUUUGCGCGUUGUGGUCAAGAUUUGUCAAACUUUGGAUGAGUUGGUGGUAACGAGUUCCGUGGACUAUGGCAAGCUCAAGGAUCUGUAUGAGAAAUUGGGUGACGGUUGUUGUCAUCUGCAAAACUACGCAAAGGCGCUUUCGUAUUAUCAGAAAAUGCUAGAAAAUGCCGAAUUAAAUGCAGAGACUGGCAAGAGUCUGGUGCCCAUUUAUGUGAGUCUCUAUCAAACAUACAAAGAUAACAAACAAUACGAUAAAGCAUUGGAGUAUUUAUGGAAGGAGUUUGAGCUGAAUCAGGAUGUGCCCUCAGAAGCCUUCACAACGCUAUGCAGCAUUGCUGAAAUCUGUGAGCAGCAAUCGCAAUCUUUCUGGACCAUCCACGAUAUCUAUCAAAAGGCCUUGCGACAGGCAUCUAAGGCUGGAGAUUCUCAGGCUAAGCUUGAGAAAAUUGCGAUGGUAAGAUUGAAAAGGCUAGAACUGAAGCAUGGUAUGGAUGUAUUAGCUGAAAAUCUUGAAGCUGAAGCCAAGGCAAAAGGCAUAGACUUAUCCGCAGAAGAAGAUGAUGAAGAGGAGGAGGACAGCGAUGGUGGACCAGAAGUGGCUGCAAUGCAACACAAUACGCCUGACUGGGGUGACGAUGUCUGUCUGGAUUCGCUCACAGAUUUAGAUGCCAGUGAUUUGGAUGAAAGUGAAAAGCCGCGUCCACAGCGCACCACACGUGGCAGCCGCACACUCACAAUUAAGCGCAACAACAAGGGUGAGACGCAACUGCAUCAGGCAUGCAUAGCUGGCAAUUUGGAGCUGGCGCGUCGCCUAAUCGAUCAGGGUCACACGGUUAACGUCCGCGAUCAUGCCGGCUGGCUGCCACUGCACGAAGCCUGUAACCAUGGCUACCGUGAUAUUGUUGAGCUACUGCUGGAUAAAGGCGCUGCAGCGGCUAUUAAUGAUAAGGGCGGUACUAGCUGCGAUGGCAUCACACCACUUUACGAUGCUUGUGCUAAUGGUUACCUCGAGGUCGCUGAGCUGUUGCUGGAACGCGGUGCCGAUGCCACCGUCAAAACAGACUAUGGCGAGACGUGUAUUCAGGGUCUGGAUAAGUGGCGUUUAACCGCUCAACUGAUAGAUGGCGAACAGGCUCAGUAUGCUGCGCUGCGUAACUCCCUGCUCAACACGCUCUCGAAAGUAGGAAUAUGCAGUGAAAAGAAUGCUCUGCCACUAACCAACGCUAAUGUCCAACGCAAAAACAGGCGAUCCAUUGCAUCCGAUAAUGACGAUGAUGAUGUUUCGAAUGAUGGUGAUGAUGACACUGAAAAUGAUGAACUAUUGCCCCAUGGACGAAUUCGAUCACGGUCACACAAUCAUGUUGGCAACAGUGGGAAUAACAUGACCGGUGGCAGAUCAAGUCCACGCAAUCAUUCUGACUACAGUGAGAAUGACAUGGACAAGUCCAGGCCUAGUCCACGGCAGGAAAGCGCUAGCAAAGAAUACCGCAACGUUAUGGCACAUCUAAAGCAUCCAAAUCGUGUUCCCAGCAGCUACGAUGCUGCCUAUGAUGCGCCCAGUAGUUCCACUAGUAAUUCCAAGCAAAAGCGAAAUGCAUUAAUGAACGAGGAUGAAGUUGAUGCGGACAAUUGGUUGAUUGAUGACCUUGGACCAGAGCGCAAAAGGAAGCGCUACAAUUCUGGCACCAUCAACAGUCGUCCCGUUACAGACACAUCUAAAGAGAAUGUGAAUGAUUUUCCAAUCUCAGCGCCAGGUUGGGAAAUGGAGCUUAAUUCGCCAUUAGAAACGCCGGAUUCUUUACAAAUGUUAAUGGAUGGUGCCACAUUAAAACAACGACAAAAACAGGCCCGUAAACUGACGCUAUCCCGUUCCUCCAGCAUAAGUAGCAACAAUUCAAAUGCUAGUCACAAACCCAAACAGCAGACUACGCUGCUUGAUAGUGGUUUCAGUCGUUUUCGCAGCGAAAGUCCAUUGGGUAGUGGGGAGGACUCAUUGGAUGGCAACUCCGUGGUUAGUUUACGGACAGUGGAACCGGAUUCCACUACCGCAGCCAUACAACUGCUCAUAUCGCCCGCCAAGUCAUCUCCAAUAAAAUUACAAGCCACGCCUGUGCAGGCUACCACAAUCUCAUUCAAGAUUAAGGUGGAGGAUGAGCUGCUACUAGUGCCUGUCGAACGCAAAAAAUUGCCAGACAUUAAUAUGCGUUGGUUGGCCGAGGAGACGAGCAGACGUUAUUACAAAUUAAGGGGUAUAUUCCCUAUGUUAAGGCUGAAAACAAGCGAUGGAUUUGCUUACGAAGAUUCCGAUUUUGUGACUGUUGCCCUCGAACAGAAUGUGAUAAUGGCCACCGUAUUAGAAUGGAAAAUUUCACCGUUGACCCAACGCUACGAGGAGUUUUGUCAUCAAUUAAAAACACCGCUUAACGACAAAAUUAAACGGAUAUUGGAGGAAGCCGCCCAGAACGAACAAUCGCUAGUCCUUACUAGUCAAUGGCUGCGUGCCCCACAAAUGGAACCACUGUUCAGGGCCCUGUAUCGUCAGUCAUGUCUCACAGAGCUGGAUCUUUCUUUGAACUUUAUUAGAGACGAAGGGUGUAAGGAAUUAGCUAAGACGUUGCCCACGAUGCAGAAAUUGAAGAUACUGCGCCUUAAAUGUAAUGGCAUCACUAAUCUGGGACUGGAAGCAUUGCUCUGCUGUAAAGGCAUUGAGAAGUUGGAACACCUUGAAGAACUAUGUCUCAGUCAAAAUCUUUUGGGCAACAGCUGCCUUCCCACUCUGCACAAGUUUUGUGCCGGGGCCAGUGCCUCUGGACGGCCGUUGCGGAUGUUGGAGCUAUCGCAGUGUGAGAUCACAGACCUUGGGGAUUACGAUUUGGGUUACACAGAACUAUCCAGCUUCGACAUCAGUUUCAAUCAGUUAACUCUAGAGAGCGUACGCAUGCUGAGUGAGCGUUUAAAUAGUUGUCGACUAAAGCAUUUAAACUUAAGCUAUGUUCGCUGGCCACUGGACGAGCAAAGUGGCUUUGCGCUCGGCGAGCACAUUGUGAAGCUCCUGGAAAAUGGUACUUGCGAGAAGUUUUACCGUCUCGACCUCAAUGGUUGCGGAUUAAAUGAUGCGCACUUUUAUAAGAUUGCACAGCAUCUCAUCAAGGCCAAAGAGUUACAGUGGCUGGAUAUCAGUGAUAAUGAAAAGUUGGGUGGUGUUACAUUCGGCUAUAUAUUGGAUGAAUUGCCGCAGAUUCGUGAUCUAUUGGCUGUGAAUUGUAAAAGCUUGCUGGAUGAUGUGCGUUUGCUGAAACUGGAGCAACAGAAACAACUACCCAAACACUUGGAGCUGUCAGUAGACGAACAGGUACUGCGCCUACCUGGACCUGUAGAAACAUUACGUUCCAUUUGGGAAACGCAAUGGGGCGAGAAAGCUAAAAUUUUGGCACAUAAGACACUCGUCAAGAUGUAUAUAGAUGAGGUGGAUUUAAAGCGGUCUUAGAGUAAGAACUUUUAUUUUUUUUCGUCCCUGUUUCUUUGUGUUUGUUUCAUAAGUAAUGUCUUGUCUUGUCUAUCUGAAAAAUAAACAGAGACUAUCUACAUUUGUUCAAAGGCAUAGGGGCAGGCCCCAGGCCAUAUACUAUCUAA